UGACUUGAAGCAAAAUGAAAUAAGCUGCUCUUCCAUUGUCCUUCAGGCAGCUUCCAUGGGCCUUUCUAAGGAGGACUAGUUUAUGGCCAUGCACAUUUCAAAUUGUCAGUAUAAAUCCUUGCUUAUUAAGAGCAUGUUCUUUCUUUUCUUAAGAGCUAGCAGCUGGUUGGGGGAAGGGGUAGAAUCAUAAAGUCUUAACCUGGUGAGCCAAAAACCAAAUAAGGAACAGCCCGAUGCUCCAAGUGGAAAUUAAUGGGACUUGCGUUGGCAGAGCAUUCAGAGAAUCUUGAGCCUGAGCCUUCAAGGAUUUUUCUUUUUCUUUUGUAUUGCGAUGGAACUGUGAAUUGAACUGGAAGCCCUUCCCUGGGCUGGAAUUGGAGAAAUGCCAGCUGUCUCAGCAACAACUUCUUGGACUGUAAAGAGAGGAGAAAGAAACUACACGGCAGCGAACGACUUCAGGUUCACCCAAAGUGUUUUAUUUGCAGAAGGGGGUAAGGACUCUUCCUGACAUGGCCCAGGUGUUGCGGCUGCACUUUGGAACAUGCCUGUGGGCAGCUCUGAUGCUCUGUGUGUUUGCUGGAUCCCGGAGACAGACAGAGGAACAAAUUGACCUCCAGGAUGCUGCAGAUACAAAUGGGGUUGAGAAUGCUGGCAUCAUACUAGAGUUACUUUGGAGAGGAAUUGAAAUUAUGGCCAACGAGACAAUCAAGAUUGAGGAUGAGGAGUUUGCCUCUCUGCGUCCCACCAAGCGAUUACUCCGGGUCUUUCAGCAUGAGAUCCCAAAAAACCCAGACAGGAUUGAAGAGUACCUGGACUUCCUCUCACAGUCUGACACCCCUAUAACUCCACAGGAAUUCAAGAAACUCAUCUUUACCACUGUCUACUGUGCUUACCAAAUUCGCUCCAUUCAAGGCCUGGAGAAAAACCUCUGGAUCAACCUUUUCUCUCAGCUGGUUAUUGAAAUACUCCGUGAUCUCUGCAAACGAUUCUGUUCUAAGGAAUCUAUGGAUUCUGUUCAGCUUCUGGCCUCUAGGCCUUGGCAGGAAAUGCCUGUCUAUAUUUCUGAACUGAAGAAAUUCUAUCGGUCUAGCCUAGCCAGGACCCAAAGAGACUCUCAUCCAUAAAGGGGAAAUCUUGGUCCCUAUAAGCAAAUUAAUAUGCAAAUAUAUAUUUUUAGGUUCAUUCUCCAGGAAUGUGCACAGAUGUGUCACCCUUCCUGUUUUCUUAUCUCUAGUGUAGCUGUUGCUUAGCUUUUCACUGGAUUUCUAUGAUUAGCAUGUUGCUCCCGGGCUCUAGGACGUGCAGUUCAGAUGGCACUUUGCUGUUGAUUGGAAUUGGGUUACUGAGGAACAUGAAGUUACAUUUCCCUGCUCAGUGACCAUUGUCAGAGAGCUCUAGGCACUUUUUAGUGUGUUACACUGCAAUUUUGUGUGUUGCGAAAAUUAUAAGAAACCAGACCCAUGUUAAACACUAGGGAGAUCUUGCGAAUUGUAAGAGCUGCUUACCAACAGAACGUGUAUGUUCUUAGAAGGAAGCUUUUAAGAAAUUAUGGACAAGCAACAGUUAAGGGGGCAUUAUGUCAGAAAGAAAGUGAUGAGACUGAAUGGCCAAUGGGGGAGUUCUUCCAGUUUAGUGUUUCUUCUUGUAUAAUAUAAAGGUCUUCAGGUGCAGUGUACAAUUUGCCCCCAAAAGCCACAAUGUCAGAAAAGAGUUAGUUUAGUUCUACCAGGUUUGUCAUCCAGACCAUUUGAAGGAAGCAGUUAGCAAAUUUAAUAAGUCUGUUCCAUUUUAACCACUGAAUGUACCAUAAGCAAGCCACCUUGCUCCAUAUAUUAAUCAAAUAUGCUUUGUGUGAUAAACAGUGCACUGAGGAAGCCAUAACUGAAUUGUGGUAUGAAACACUUGUGAGAAUUUAAUUUUGAAUGUAUUAAGAAUGUGCCUUUUAAGGAGCUGUCUGUAUGGGAUUAGUUAACAGAGUAAGCAAAUGAGACUAGGGUGUUGCACAUGUUCUAGUUGGGACCUGAUAUAAACUUUUAAGGGCUAUGCUACCUUUAAAAAUGUGAAUAUAUAAACUCGUGACAGCAUUAUCUUAGCCAAGAAA